CGUUGGAUUGCGCAAAGGACAUGAAUGAUUGAGUGACACAACAAUCAAGAGACAUGGCACGUCAAUAAUUCCUUGAGGAAGCAUGAGGUUGCAGGUGGCCCUUGGUCUGUAAGGUAGCCCGUUGCAAUGGCUGGUGCCUUUUUUCAGUAGAGAAAGGCUCCAAACAACAUACAACAACAUCUGACGCGUGGAUGGAUGGUGUAUCCCUUAGACUGAGUGCGUCCGAAGAGAUAGAGAGACAGGGAGACAGGGCUGUCGAGUCGACACCGACUGUGUGUGAGACUUCCAUUCAUACAUACCCUUCCCCCCCCCCGCCCCCCGUCUGUCGUGCGGCUUAGUGUAUGUCUCCAUGAAUCAGCUGUGUUCCGAUACCAUUUGGGCCCCCUCAGUUGUCCUCCCACAUUACAAAAAGUCACAGCCCCAUUCCCUCAAUCCUUUCCACUCCAGCGGUUCGAGACACGAACGCAUGGAGUAACAGCAGCAGCCCUACGGUGAAGACGACCAACCAGAUUUGCGUCACUGGUGACAUUCUGCAAACACCAAUUUGGCAGACACCGUUGUCAUCACCUCCUCAUUUGUUCGCUUACUUACUCCUCGAGAAUGGCGGCGUCCUUAACCACCAAAACCGUCCAAAAAGCCAUCAACACCGCACAGGCCACUGGCAGAAGCGCACAUGAGGCCACCACCACAAGCAGAGAUACCCAAUACGCCGCCGCGCUGGGCUUCAUGUCAGGCUUCAAGAGGGCGAAAUACCGAGGCUUUCCCGUGCCGGGCUUUUUUGUGUAGAACCCCACGAUAGAGAAAAGCCCGAACAAAAGUGGAUGUUCUUGUUCAGCCGCCACUCUCAGGUCAGCCCCAGGCGGCAAGUAGACGGUGCCAUCGCCCAAGCGUGUUUUGCCAACCUCCCGCUCUUCCCUCGUGAUGUCUCCCCCUCCCAUGAUGUCGAUGCGGUACUUGUUGCACAUGGCCUGACGGUGAAAGUACGGGGCAGAGGACCUACGCCCGUGCGCUUCCUCUCGAACAGCAUCCAUGAAGUGCCUGUGAGCCUCCCUUGGACGAAUCCCAGGCGGCAAGAGAGCGAAGUAGCGCCGCCCCAUCUCGGUCUCGGUGUAGUAUUCUUCAGGAGCGUUCGUGUCUUCGUAGACAUUGCCAUCGCCACGGCGUGUCAGCCCAACCAUCCGCUCCGAGCCGUAAUGCAUGAACGCGUUGUUGGAGGGUGGGAGUGACAUGAUGAAGAUUUCCUGGUGGAGGGGAAGGGGAAAAGGUUUCGGUGAG